AUGGAUGAAGGUAUAGAAAUUUCAAGUGAUGGAAAUUCCCUGAUCAAAGCAGUCCAUCAGAGCCGGCUUCGCCUCACAAGACUCUUGCUAGAAGGUGGUGCAUACAUUAAUGAGAGCAAUGACCGUGGGGAAACACCUUUAAUGAUCGCUUGUAAGACCAAACAUGUUGAUCACCAGAGUGUCAGUAAAGCCAAAAUGGUUAAAUACCUGUUAGAAAACAAUGCUGACCCCAACAUACAGGACAAAUCUGGGAAAACUGCUUUGAUGCAUGCUUGCUUAGAAAAAGCCGGUCCUGAAGUUGUUUCCCUGCUCCUAAACAGUGGGGCUGAUCUCAGCUUGCAAGAUCAUUCUAGUUACUCAGCCCUUGUUUAUGCUAUAAAUUCAGAGGAUAGAGAGACCCUGAAAGUUCUACUUAGUGCUUGCAAGGCAAAAGGGAAAGAGGUCAUUAUUAUAACGACAGCAAAAUCACCCUCCGGUAGGCACACUACCAAACAGUACUUAAAUAUGCCUCCUGUAGAUAUGGAUGGGUGUCAUUCCCCAGCCUCCUGUGCCACUCCUUCAGAAAUAGACAUAAAAACAGCUUCGUUGCCACUUACACAUUCUUCUGAAACUGAAAUGACACUUUUCGGCUUUAAAGGUCUGGAGCCCUCAGGAAAUAGUGAUGACACACAGGACCCAGGCUCCCCUGUGAGGAAGCCUUCUAUGGCCUCUAAUGGGCCCAAGCUACCCCAGGCUCCAACCUGGAUCAAGAGUCCUCCCUUAUUCAUGCACCAAAACAGAGUGGCCUCCUUGCAAGAGGAGCUCCAGGAUAUUACUCCAGAGGAAGAAUUGUCCUACAAAACCAAUGGGCUGGCACUUUCCAAGCGAUUCAUCACUAGGCACCAAAGUAUUGAUGUAAAAGACACAGCACAUUUGCUGAGAGCCUUAGAUCAGGCCAGCUCAAGAAAGAUGUCAUAUGAUGAAAUAAAUUAUCAAUCAUUUUUUUCAGAAGGAAAUCAGCAAUGCAUUGAAAUCCCUGCUGAGCCAGAUCCAGACUCUAACCAGACGAUAUUUGCUUCCACCUUAAGAAGUAUAGUCCAAAAAAGAAACUCAGGGGCAAAUCACUACAGCUCUGAUUCCCAGCUCUCGGCUGGUCUUACCCCUGCAACUUUAGAAGAUGGCAAAGCACUUAUAGGAAAGAAAAAGAUCCUCUCACCGUCUCCUUCCCUGUUGUCAGGGCCCAAAGAAUUGUUGGAGAAUAUCUCACCAGGUCCCUUGAGCAGGAGAAAUCAUGCAAUUUUAGAAAGGCGUGGUUCAGGAGCUUUCCCUUUAGAUCACGGUAUCACGCAAGCCAGACCAGGAUUUCUGCCACCCUUAAAUGUGAAUCCUCAUCCCCCCAUCUCUGAUAUCAAUGUCAAUAAUAAGAUUUCCACCCUCCUUUCUUGUGGUCAAAAAGUGCUCAUGCCAACAGUUCCUAUGUUCCCCAAAGAAUUCAAAAGUAAAAAAAUGUUGUUAAGGAGACAAUCAUUGCAAACAGAACAAAUUAAGCAAUUAGUAAAUUUUUAAGAGAUGACUAGAAAGCACAUUUUGUCCAAAUGUCUACAUCAGAGAAAUAUAGAACCAGAAAAUAAAUCUCAAAUGUUCAUCUUUUAAAAUCUUAUAAUUGGUUAGUCAAUAAUUGUUAGAGGUAUCAAAAUAUACUGUGUAUCAUAUUAGGUACCGUGGACACAGAAAUAAUACAUAGUUUCUGCUAAGGAAAUUCUCUCAAACAAAAUUAAAGCUAUACUUCUCAAAACCUCUAAUAUUUAACAAUCUUCAUAUGGUCCAAGUUUUUAAUUUAAGCAAAAAUCAGCAAAAAAAAAAAAAAAAAGUCACAUGUGGUGAAGAUGACUUUAAAAUUUUUUUCAGAUUUUUCAGAUAUUUUAUUAGGAAACACUGCAUUCAAAUCGAUAAAUAUUUUUAACAUUAAAAGUCAACAAAUAAGAUUGUAAUUUUCCAUGAUGCCAAAAGCAUAAAAAAAAGGGACAGCUAUUAAAAUGUUCUAUGAACAAUAAGCCAAAGGUACAAAGCCUAAGGCAUAAAGAAAGAAUGAACUAAUUCUUUAAAAAUGUUGACUGCAGGUAGGUGAAAUCUAAUUAAAAUUAAAAAUUUUUUUCUAAUUCAAAUUUUAAAAAGACCAACCUAUUAUAGUAGACGAGGCAGCCAAUAUUCGUAUGGUCAGUUUAAUCAACUCCAAGUGACAGAUCAGUUUUACAAGCUAGUAAUAAUCUAUGUGAAGUGCUGGUGUGCUGUUUUUUGCUUUGUUUUAUUUUGAUUUUAAUGUAAUUUCAUGGAAUUGUUUCUCCAUAUCUUUUAAUUCCUGCUAUUAUUUUUUAAAGCCUAUAUAUAGGUUCUCAACAACAAGAUAAAGCAAAAGGUUUAAAAGUGUUCCUCUUUACUUAUAUCAAAUUACUCUUGUCGUUCUAAGGACAACCAAAAAAUGGGGAUUUAUCACAAAUAGAAACUAUAUGCUUGCUUCGUUUUAGAAAAGAAAAGCUGAUUAUUAGAUUAUUUUAGAUUAGCCAAAAUUAAGAAAGCCAGUAGAAACUUAAUUACAAAAUAUACUAAAUAUUCGGCCAAAAUUAAACACUAUCUUUAAUUUCUAAUAUAUAAUCAUUAGACAUUUAUAUAAUAAGAAUAAUAAGGGUAAUUUCCUUAGUGUGACAUUCCAAUCACCUAGUAUUUAGGACCUAUGAAUAACUUCUAAUUAAAUAAAUGAAUACCAUGCUACUAUCAUAAAAUGUUACAAAAUGACUAUAUUAUCUGUCUGAUUUCAAAAUGUGGUGUUUAUACAAAAAAUCCUCAUUUCAAUCUAGCAGUUUUACAACAAAGAAUAAGUCAAAUUAUAUAAAACCUGAGUAUAUUAAUUUGAUGACUGUCAUAUACAACUUUAUUUCUUUGCCUAUUAGUAGAGGAGAUCCUAACAAAUGGCAUGAUGCUUGGUAAUUUGAUAUAAGCAAGUUGUAAUGUACAUGGUAAUUAUUUAAUUUCUUGUGGCUUUUAUUUGAAAAAAAUAAUUGGAGGUUUUCCAUUUAAUAUUUUGAAGAACAAUAAUGUAAAUUACAUUAGAAAUAUUUUUUGAUUCAGAACUUAGAAUUGUACCUGAUGUUUAUAGGUAGCUAAACCCUUUUUGCAAGUUUUAAUAUUGAGAAAAGUGCUUGGCUUUGAGUUGUAAGGAUACAGUCUGGAAAAAUAUGUAAAUAGAGUAGUUCAUAAACAAAAUGGUAUCAAUAAAGAUUUUAAAUGUUA